AUGGAUCCUGAGUUUCAGCGAGGGACGAGGUUCAGAUACCUCACACGUGGUGGUACUGUUGGUUUGAUUCACGGUCGCGAGAAAACUGAAUGUUCUGUGCAUCUCUACCUGCUUGCCCAGGUCUCGACUACUUUCGACCAGCAGUUCAAUGGCUCGUACCGUGAAGUUGCAUUGAAUAAAUUGGUUUUCGACACCAAUGAAUGGCAGUCAGCAACCGUCGAGAACUUUGUUGACUGGCUAUACGACCGCCCGGGAACACUCCAACAGAUCGAUACUGACUCUCUUGAGGCUAAACUGGAGCUCUACAUCUUUGCGACCCAUUUCGAGAUCCCAAAGCUGCGCUUUGAUGCCUUGUACUUUCUUUACAGGACCAUUAACCAACGCUACAUUAUCCCAGAAUAUAGCACAAUCAAGGUUGCCUACGACAGACUGCCCAAGGACUCCCCUGUGCGCAAGUUGUUUGCAGACAGCUUCCACCUGUUCUUCAGACCUGCCCACGAUAACACGGAGCGCCUAGCAGCCGAACUCUCCCGCGCACCACCAGAGUUCUUCAUGGAUGCUGCCCUUAGCGACGCGAAUAGAGCUGGUGGGAGCAUCUUUGGUCUUCCUGGCCUUUGCCGAUACCACGAUCACAAGCCUGAUGCCGAAAAGGCGGUUUUGACGGCUUGUAUGGCCAGCCAACGGGCGAUCACCAAGUUGGUGACACAGCAGUUCAUCGACAACGGUAGCGAAGAAAACGAUGAUCACGGUAACGUCUCUGGUGAGGGACAGAAUGGAAACCGAGCCCCAGUCUGGGGAUUUCCAUCCGCUUCCACCGAACCAAGGUCAGAUGUUGGAGGAGACGACAACGAUGGAAGCUGGUUGGAGCCAACGGCCCCAGGACUUCGUGUCCGAAACACACCUCAUGACCCUAUGUAUGGCACUAGCGGGGAACCAGUCCUUUGAAACACCAAAGUAUCGUGCGCUUUGCAGCAAGUAUCGAAGAUGUGUUCAGGUCUUUUACGGUAUGGCUUGAUUUGCCAAGUGUUGCAAAAGGGACCAUGGUGCCACUUUCAUCUGGACUCACACAGAUGCUAUAUUCCUGCCCAUUCAUGUUUCUAGCGACCAGUACGGAAAGACAGACAAGUUCGUCAUAUUGGGAUUUGUGAUUUGCACUACUAUACCGCUCCAGUGUGGUGUUGCAUAAUGUAGCCAACCUACGUAACAAAGGAUUGCCACUGCCCAACAUCUGUGUAUCAAGAGCCUUGAUUGUGACCGUGAUGUAGCAGUUAUAGUUGUCCUCUUCGUGAACUAUACAUGAUUACCUUAUACCGUUAACUCAGGAAAAUGUCAUCUACUGGUCCUCCACAGUCCAGCAUGGUAAAUUGACUCGUCAAUGCUGAAGACUGGGAAUGAAACACCAUAAUUAGCUAAAAGGGAGCUAUGAAGUAUAUAGCAGA